UUGUUCCCGCGUUAAUAAGUUGAAACCUCGAAUUCAACACGCCCCGCCAAUGCUUACAUAUGUAACAGCCCCAUAUAUGCAAGAGCUGCGCUCUUUGUUUCCGGUGUAUAUUUGCAGAGAGAGAAAGUGAGUGAAAACGGUGGGUAUUUUAGAGAGAGAAGAGAGGGUUGAAAUUGUGGGAGUUUUAGAGAAAGAAGAUGGUGAAAACAGUGAGCCCGGAUGCAAUCUCAGUGAUUAUGGCAAACCCAUCUCCUGAUUCAUCUUCUUCUGAUUACCCGGAUAUUGUUGUUCAAGUUCUUGAUCUUAAACUUACUGGCAAUAGCCGCUUCAGGUUUGUAGCCAAUGACGGGAAAAUGAAGCUUGAUGGAAUGUUCCCAUCUAGCUUGUCAAAUGAAGUCAACUCCGGGAACAUUCAGAACUUGGGGCUUAUACGUAUUCUUGAUUAUACUCUUAAUGACAUUCCUCUUAAGAACAAAAAAUACCUGAUUGUAACAAAGUGUGAGGUUGUGUCUCCUCCGCUUGAAGCAGAAAUUGUUGAUGUGGUGAAAUCUGAAGAAACAGGAAUUCUGUUGAAGCCCAAACAGGAUGUGGAGGUCAAUAAUGUACAAGGUCUUGGCAUUGUUUUAAAGCCAAAGCAAGAAAUGUUUGCGAAAUCAGCUGCACAAAUUGUUCAUGAACAAACUGGAAACAUGGCCCCUUCUGCACGAAUGGCAAUGACCCGAAGAGUUCAUCCACUUGUUUCUUUGAAUCCAUAUCAAGGAAACUGGACCAUAAAGGUUCGGCUUACAAACAAAGGAAACAUGCGCAACUAUAAGAAUGCCAGAGGGGAAGGCUGUGUUUUCAACGUAGAGUUGACAGACGAAGAUGGUACACAAAUUCAAGCAACAAUGUUCAAUGAGGCUGCAAAGAAGUUCUACGACAGAUUUCAACUUGGGAAGGCCUAUUACAUAUCAAAGGGAACUCUAAGAGUUGCUAACAAGCAGUUCAAGACUGUACCAAAUGAUUAUGAGAUGACUUUGAAUGAAAAUUCAGUAGUGGAGGAGGCAAUUGAUGAAGGAACUUUCAUUCCUGAAACAAAAUUUAAUUUUGUUCCUAUUGAUCAGUUGGGACCAUAUGUCAAUAAUUCUGAGCUUGUCGAUGUUAUUGGUGUGGUGCAAAGUGUAUCCCCCACCAUGAGUAUUCGCAGAAAAAGCAACAAUGAAACCAUCCCCAAGCGCGACAUAACUAUUGCAGAUGAGAGUAAGAAGACUGUAGUGGUGUCAUUGUGGAACGAUCUUGCUACUACUGUUGGACAAGAUCUGUUGGAUAUUGCUGAUCAAUCUCCUAUAGUUGCACUUAAAUCCCUAAAAGUUGGGGACUUCCAAGGAGUAUCAUUGUCUGCAUUGAGUAGAACUGUUAUCGUGGUGAAUCCAGAGACACCUGAAUCUAGAAAAUUGAAGUCCUGGUAUGAUUCUGAAGGCAAAGAUAGUUCAAUGGCUUCUGUCGGCACUGGGUUAAGCCCCUCUUCCAAGAGCGGAGGUCGAUCUAUGUAUACUGAUAGAGUAUCUGUUUCUUACAUAACAUCUAACCCAUCCUUGGGUGAGGAUAAGCCUGUGUUUUUCAGUACCAAGGGUUACAUAAGUUUUAUCAAGCCAGAUCAGUCAAUGUGGUAUCGAGCUUGCAAGACAUGCAACAAGAAAGUUACUGAAGCUAUUGGAUCUGGAUUUUGGUGUGAAGGAUGCCAGAAAAAUGAUGAUUCAUGCAACUUGAGAUAUAUAAUGGUUGCCAAAGUUGCUGAUGCAAGUGGUGAAGCUUUGCUGUCUUUCUUCAAUGAUCAAGCUGAGAAUGUAAUUGGCUGCUCUGCAGAUGAGCUUGACAAGUUAAGAUCACAGGAUGGAGAUGGGAGUACUUAUCAAAUGAAAUUGAAAGAAGCCACAUGGGUGCCUCAUCUAUUCCGAGUAAGCGUUGUCCCGCAGGAAUACAACAAUGAGAAGCGACAAAGGAUAACUGUAAGAACUGUUGCUCCUGUUGAUUACGCAGCUGAGUCCAGAUUUUUGCUGGAAGAGAUCACUAAAAUGAAAGCUUCUCAAUAAUGUGUUUAUGGAAGUAUUCUUAGAAGCUUUAUAUUAUUUAUGAAAGUAUGUGAAGUUAGGAAUGAUGUUUCUUAAACUGGUUAAGUUUUUGUAUGGAUCAGAAUGAUUGGUUUAUUUGCAAGUUUUUGCUGAA